CCGCCGCCGCCGCCGCCGCCCACGGAGGCUUGUCCCUCGCCGCCCGCCGUAGCCCGGCGCUCGGCCGGCCGCCGUUCCCAAGAUGGCUGCGGCGCGCUCGGCUCCUGCGGCGGGCUAGAGGCGGAGGCGGAGCCGAGUCACUCCUGCACUUCGGGGCUCCGGUCCCUCGCGCCAGGCUGCAGCUUACUGCCCGCCGCGGCCAUGCGGGGCUCCGUGCACGGAUGAGAGAAGCCGCCACCGAGCUGGUCCCCCCUCCCGCCUUCGCCGUCACCCCUGCCGCCGCCAUGGAGGAGCCGCCGCCGCCGGAACCCGAGCCCGAGCCCGAGCCCGAACGCUGCCCGGUGGGGAGGCAAGUGUCCACAUUGGGAGACUCAGCUUGCAAGAGUCCCGAAUCUGAUCCAGAGGACUUCUCUGAUGAAACACAUACAGAGCAUCUUUAUGGCGCCUCUCCCCCCAGCACACCUCGACAGAUGAAACGAAUGUCAGCCAAACACCAGAGGAAUAAUGUAGGGAGGCCGAUUAGUCGAUCUAAUUUGAAAGAAAAAUUGAAUGCACCAAAUCAACCUCCACAUAAAGACACGGGGAAAACAGUGGAGAGUGUGGAUGAAUACAGCUAUAAGCAGGAUAAAAAGAUCCGAGCAACUCUUAGAACAACAGAACGCGAUCAUAAGAAAAACGUGCAGUGCUCAUUCAUGUUAGACGCAGUGGGCGGGUCUUUGCCAAAAAAAUCGAUUCCAGAUGUGGAUCUCAACAAGCCUUACCUCAGCCUUGGCUGCAGCAACGCCAAGCUCCCCGUCUCUGUGCCGGUGCCUAUUGCCAGGACCGCACGCCAGACUUCCAGGACUGACUGCCCUGCAGAUCGCUUAAAGUUUUUCGAAACAUUACGACUUCUGCUAAAGCUUACCUCAGUCUCAAAGAAGAAGGAUAGGGAGCAAAGAGGACAAGAAAAUACUUCUGCUUUCUGGUUUAACCGGUCAAAUGAACUGAUCUGGUUAGAGCUACAAGCCUGGCAUGCAGGACGGACCAUUAAUGACCAGGACCUCUUUUUGUAUACAGCCCGUCAAGCCAUCCCAGAUAUCAUCAAUGAAAUCCUUACUUUCAAGGUUAAUUAUGGAACCUUUGCCUUUGUUAGAAAUGGGGCUAGUUUCAAUGGUACUUCAGUAGAAGGGCAGUGCAGAGCCCCUCAAGGAACCAAGAGUGUGGGUUACUCAACAUACCAUGAGCACCUCCAGCGCCAGAGGGUCUCGUUUGAACAGGUAAAACGGAUAAUGGAGCUGUUGGAACACAUAGAAGCACUUUAUCCGUCGCUGCAGGCUCUCCAAAAGGACUAUGAAAAAUAUGCUGCAAAGGACUUCCAGGACAGGGUGCAGGCGCUCUGCUUGUGGCUGAACAUCACAAAAGACUUAAAUCAGAAGCUAAGGAUCAUGGGCACUGUUUUGGGUAUCAAGAAUUUGUCAGACAUUGGCUGGCCAGUGUUUGAAAUCCCUUCCCCUCGACCAUCCAAAGGUAAUGAGCUGGAAGAUGAGGGUGAUGACACAGAGGGAGAAUUGAAGGAAUUGGAAAGUAGUACAGAUGAAAGUGAAGAGGAGCAAAUCUCCCACCCGAAGGUACCAGAAGUCAGGCAGCCUGUAGACAGCAGCUUCAACAUCCAGUCGCGGGACUAUGCGUCCAAGAAGCUUGAGAGACUGGAAUCUGAGGAGGAGUCCAUGGGCUGGGGAGUGGCAGACUACGGCACUGAAGUAGGCUUCAGUAGACAUUGUCUGACUUCUAUUUAUAGACCCUUUGUAGACAAAGCACUGAAGCAGAUGGGGUUAAGAAAGUUAAUUUUAAGACUUCACAAGCUAAUGGAUGGCUCCUUGCAAAGGGCACGCAUAGCACUGGUAAAGAAUGAUCGUCCAGUGGAGUUUUCUGAAUUUCCAGAUCCCAUGUGGGGUUCAGAUUACGUGCAGCUAUCAAGGACACCAUCUUCCUCGGAGCAGAAACACUGUGCCGUGUCCUGGGAAGAGCUGAAGGCCAUGGACUUGCCCUCCUUCGAACCUGCCUUUUUAGUGCUUUGCCGAGUCCUGCUGAACGUCAUUCAUGAGUGUCUGAAGCUGCGACUGGAGCAGAGACCUGCUGGAGAGCCGUCUCUCUUGAGUAUCAAGCAGCUGGUGAGAGAGUGUAAAGAGGUCCUGAAAGGUGGCCUUUUGAUGAAGCAGUACUACCAGUUCAUGCUCCAGGAAGUUCUAGACGACUUGGAGAAGGCCGACUGCAACAUCGAUGCUUUUGAAGAGGAUCUGCAUAAGAUGUUGAUGGUGUAUUUUGAUUACAUGAGAAGCUGGAUCCAAAUGCUACAGCAAUUACCUCAAGCAUCCCAUAGUUUAAAAAAUCUGUUAGAAGAAGAAUGGAAUUUCACCAAAGAAAUAACUCAUUACAUACGGGGAGGAGAGGCACAGGCUGGAAAACUUUUCUGUGACAUUGCGGGGAUGCUGCUGAAGUCCACCGGGAGCUUUCUGGAAUUUGGCUUGCAGGAGAGCUGUGCUGAGUUUUGGACCAGUGCUGACGACAGCAGCGCCUCAGAUGAAAUAAGGAGGUCUGUCAUAGAGAUCAGCCGGGCGCUCAAGGAGCUCUUCCAUGAAGCCAGAGAAAGAGCCUCAAAAGCACUUGGAUUUGCUAAAAUGUUGAGAAAGGACCUGGAGAUAGCAGCAGAGUUUAUACUCUCAGCCCCAGUUAGAGACCUGCUAGAUAUUCUGAAAGCAAAACAGUAUGUGAAGGUCCAAAUUCCUGGCCUGGAGAACUUGCAGGUGUUUGUUCCAGACUCUCUGGCUGAGGAGAAGAGCAUCAUUUUGCAGUUGCUGAAUGCCGCCGCAGGCAAGGACUGUUCAAAGGACCCAGAUGACAUGCUCAUCGAUGCUUAUCUGCUUCUGACCAAGCAGAGUGACCGAGCUCGGGACUCAGAAGAUGGCUGGGGCACAUGGGAAGCACAGCCUGUCAAGCUGGUGCCUCAGGUGGAGACGGUGGAUACCCUGAGAAGUAUGCAGGUGGAUAAUCUUUUACUGGUCGUCAUGCAGUCAGCUCAUCUCACGAUUCACAGAAAAGCUUUCCAGCAGUCCAUCGAGGGGCUGAUGACUCUACACCAGGAGCAGACAUCCAGUCAGCCAGUCAUCGCCAGAGCUCUGCAGCAGCUCAAGAAUGAUGCCCUAGAGCUGUGCAACAGAAUAAGUGAUGCCAUUGACCGAGUAGACCACAUGUUCACAUCUGAGUUUGAUGCUGAAGUUGAUGAAUCUGAAUCUGUCACCUUGCAGCAGUAUUACCGAGAAGCAAUGAUUCAGGGGUACAAUUUUGGGUUUGAGUAUCAUAAAGAAGUUGUUCGUUUGAUGUCUGGAGAGUUCAGACAGAAGAUAGGAGACAAAUAUAUAAGCUUUGCCCGGAAAUGGAUGAAUUAUGUCCUGACUAAAUGUGAGAGUGGUAGAGGUACAAGGCCCAGGUGGGCAACUCAAGGAUUUGAUUUCCUGCAAGCCAUUGAGCCUGCCUUUAUUUCAGCUUUGCCAGAAGAUGACUUCUUGAGCUUACAAGCCUUGAUGAAUGAAUGCAUUGGCCAUGUCAUAGGAAAGCCGCACAGUCCUGUUACAGGUUUGUACCUUGCUAUUCAUCGGAACAGUCCCCGUCCUGUGAAGGUACCUCGAUGCCAUAGCGACCCUCCCAACCCACAUCUAAUUAUCCCAACGCCAGAGGGAUUCAGCACUCGGAGCGUGCCUUCGGAUGGGCGGAGCCACGGCAGCCCAGCUGCUGCUCCUGUUGCCGCCGCUGCCACCACUACCACCGGCCGCCCGGCUCCCUGUGGCAGCGACUCUGUGCCGCUCAAACCCAUCAGCAGUGCCCCUGAUACCAGGGGUUCCAGCGUCCCUGAAAACGAUCGAUUGGCUUCCAUAGCUGCUGAAUUGCAGUUUAGGUCCCUGAGUCGUCACUCAAGCCCCACAGAGGAGCGAGACGAACCAGCAUAUCCAAGAGGUGAUUCAAGUGGGUCAACACGAAGAAGUUGGGAACUUCGGACACUUAUUAGCCAGACCAAAGAUACUGCUUCUAAACAAGGACCCAUAGAAGCUAUCCAGAAAUCAAUCCGAUUGUUUGAAGAAAAGCGGUAUCGAGAAAUGAGAAGAAAAAAUAUCAUUGGUCAAGUUUGCGAUACCCCUAAAUCCUAUGAUAAUGUCAUGCAUGUUGGCUUGAGGAAGGUGACCUUCAAAUGGCAAAGAGGAAACAAAAUUGGAGAAGGACAGUAUGGGAAAGUCUACACCUGCAUCAGCAUGGACACCGGAGAGCUGAUGGCCAUGAAGGAGAUUCGAUUUCAACCAAAUGACCAUAAAACUAUCAAGGAGACUGCAGAUGAAUUGAAGAUAUUUGAGGGCAUCAAGCACCCCAAUCUGGUUCGGUAUUUUGGUGUGGAGCUGCACAGAGAAGAAAUGUACAUCUUCAUGGAGUACUGUGACGAGGGCACUUUAGAGGAGGUGUCAAGACUGGGGCUCCAGGAGCACGUCAUCAGGCUGUACUCGAAGCAGAUUGCCAUCGCCAUCAACGUCCUCCACGAGCAUGGCAUAGUUCACCGCGACAUUAAAGGUGCCAAUAUCUUCCUUACCUCAUCUGGACUCAUCAAGCUGGGAGAUUUUGGAUGCUCAGUAAAGCUUAAAAACAAUGCUCAGACCAUGCCUGGUGAAGUGAACAGCACACUGGGGACAGCAGCAUACAUGGCACCUGAAGUCAUUACCCGUGCUAAAGGAGAAGGCCACGGGCGUGCAGCAGACAUCUGGAGUCUGGGCUGUGUUGUCAUAGAGAUGGUGACAGGCAAGAGGCCUUGGCAUGAGUAUGAACACAAUUUUCAGAUUAUGUAUAAAGUGGGAAUGGGACAUAAGCCCCCAAUUCCUGACAGAUUAAGCCCUGAGGGAAAGGACUUUCUCUCUCACUGUCUGGAAAGUGACCCAAAGAUGAGAUGGACGGCCAGCCAGCUCCUCGACCAUUCUUUUGUCAAGGUUUGCACAGAUGAAGAGUGAGGCCCACCGCCCCCGGCCUGCUGGUGUGCGCACUCGGAGCCCUCGGUCGCUACUGUAUGUAAUAUUUACAUAGAGACUGCUGAGAGGCAGUGCUGGCCUCGCACCUUCCACCCGAAGACCGCUCCUGCUGCUCCCGUUUGUCUGAUGUGGCACAGGGCCCUCCGGAGGGACGGUGUCCAUGGGGUCAAAGAAGCUGCAUGUUAAGUGCCAUUACUACUGUACACGGACCAUCGCCUCUGUCUCCUGUGUCUCCUGUGGCUGAGAACCGUGACAUCAGUGUAGCGUUUCCAACCCUCUGGGUUCAGAAGAAGUCGUGCUGUUAUCAGGUGUCCUGGACCUCAUUCUGAUCUCCUGUUUGUUGAGUGCACUGACUGUGAAACCUUGGUGUUGUUGGCAAGCUGCAGGGUUUGUUAUGCAAAAGGCUGAUUAAUGAAAUUUAAGAAAAAGGUUCUUUUUUCAAUAAAUGGUUUAUUUUAGGAAAGCUAAGUCACACUGUCUUUUCAUGGUUUACAACUUUAGAGCCAGCAGCCAGGAGAGAGGCCUGGCAUUUUCCUCAGCAGAAGGAGCACAGCCAGUGUGUUCAGGUGGACACUCACUGAUUGGGUGUUCCUGAGGGACUGGGGUCUCCUUGCUGACCAGCAGAGGACAUAAGUGAAGCAACACUAAUGGUGUGAGAAAGCCCUUUUUAAUUAUUUCCUAUUAACCAGCAAAUUACAGCAGAAGCUUGAGCCUUGUUACCACACGGUGGGCUCAGUUUAUUUUUAAACCAAGAUGUAGAGGUGCUAGGUCAGUAAGUACUGCCAGAUGACAAGAACGCAUCUUUCAGGGUAAACUGAAUUUCAGCAGUGAGCCUUCCUGGAUAGCCCAGCUUUGUGUCUUGAUGGUGUUCUUUACUUCAUUUUGCUAUUAAAUUUUUUUAAAGAUUGA